AUGACGACCUUGGUGGCUCCCCGCGAAACCCGUUCGCUUUUCUCCCCGGAUCCUCUGCGAUCCCCGACUGCACAGCGCUAUUUUCUGGAAGACCACGCCAUUCCCAGAAAAUCGCCCAUGCACGAUGAGUAUCGGGCGAGGGAUCCCUCCCCAGUCGCAUCCGAUCUAUCCUCAGUGGCCCCUUCUCCGAGCUUCGCUCUUCCCGAAGAUCUCCCCUGCACGCCCUUCUUGAAUAGCCUGUCGCCGGAGAAAGAACUCAUCCUACCCUCAUAUGGCCCCGAACCCCUGCCCAGCGCCAACAAGCCAGAGGAUGUGAGGAGCGACGCGUCAACCGAACCGCAGCCACCUUCUUGGACAUUACAGGCUCCUUCGGCAGACGACACCUCUAUCGAAGAUGAACCGUCGAGGCAUGUGGAUUAUCUUUCACAUGACUGGAAAGAGGAGGAUAUCUGGUCCUCCUGGCGCUAUGUGACUAGCCGGAAAAAUGAUUAUAGCAAUGGAGUCAGACUGGAGAAUGCCUCUUGGAGGACAUGGGCGAAGGCGAAACACAAUCUGAAGACGAUAUCGCCGGAAAGCCUCAAUUGGCUGAAGGAUUGCGAUGUUACUUGGCUCUACGGGCCGUUAAAAACCUCCAUUGAGCGCGCGGCCUCUCCCUCUCCCCCUCCAAGCCGCUUGGAGACGCCGAACUCUUAUCUCGACCCAAAGCCCAUUCUGAAGAAGAAAACCGCGUCUGAGACCAUUCUUCAGCGGUCCUUAUCUCAACAUACGUUAUUGCAGCAUGCUGGGGCCAUUCUCAAGGCCCAGGAAGCUGAGAACAAUUGGUCUCGACCUCCUUUCCCAAGGUCCAACACAGACUUGACCCAAUUAAAUCACCGGACUGGCAGCUCAACCUACUCUCUUGGCGGCACUCUCACGGCCUCAUCAUCGUCUGGCCUGGUAUCCCCGAGUGAACGGCGCCAUAUUCACUUUAACAACGAGGUCGUGCAAUGCAUCGCAGUCGAAGCCAAGGGCUACGAGGAUGAAUGGCCCGUCACCUUUGAAGAUGCGCCAUCUUCAGACGAUGGUAUAGUUUUAAUGAGACAAAUCUCCAGCCGGGCCUCCCUGAGCAACCGCAGCACUCCACGCAGCAGCUUCAGCGGCGAUGGAAAGACCAUUGCUCCUCUGCCCUCAACAACCCUUAAAUAUCGCGGGGAUCCUCCAGAGCCUCGGGCUCAGGCGAUCCUUGCCCAAUGGUCCACCACUCCUGGCUCUAGGUUGUCACCCACUCCCUCCGUGGAGACCUUGCGACCGUCCGGGCCAUCUGAACCCUCGGCCAACUUCCUCUUGGAUGACGAUGAAGAUCCCAGCUUGGACUACACGGGCAAUUACCCCGAUCACGAUCGCUCUUGGUCCAUUGGAAAUGAUCCAACAUCAAGCCGCCCGCUCCGAUUGACUGCCUCGGGCAUGUUUAUGCCCGAGGGUGAAUGUGAGACUCCCAGUAUCAGUUUAUUUGAUCGAGUUGUGGACACUGUGAAUACAGCCCGAGACAUUGCCCAUGUGAUUUGGAACGUCGGCUGGCGGCGCUGA